AUGUUGGCCAAACAAAUAUUCUUAUCAAGGGCACAAAACAAACCACAAUAAACAAGCAAAAUCGAAUUCCCCACUCUUUUGGAUUUGGCAAUAGAGCAGGUGGCUCUUAAUUUUGAUCUUUAUUCUUAGUUGCCAGGCAUUCCGGAAAAAAUAAAACAUUAAGUAUUCCCUCUUCAUUAAGAUUAGAUUAUAUCAAAAGCACCUAAAACCUUACCUGUAACAAUCACUUACAAUAGCAUUGAAGAUGAGAAUUAUUGGAAACAAGCCUGUGAAACCAAGUGGAAAGGCACUCACAGAACAAUUAAUAUCUGCAAACAUAGUUACAGUUAUAAAAUUGCUUAUAUGGAAAAUUUCCUGGAAGAAUACAUCAAAUCAAUAAAAGUAUGAGUUGAUUCGAAAAAAUAGAGUUUAGAAUCCCAAUAAGAGAAAGACGAAUUGCAAGCAAUAUUAAAGGCAGUCAAUAAUUGGGUCUAUUCCCUCAAUAUAUCAUAAACUUAAUGCAAUAUUGACAUUGGAUUUUUAUGCCAGUACUUGCCUUGUCUCUAGAAUUUGACAGUUAUAUAUGGAGUUAAAGUAAAUAUUAUAUUAUUAUUUAAUUUAGACUACUGGAAUCGAUCAAACAAGAAAGGAAAUCUUGGGUAUGAAACUAAGUCAAGCAGCUGAAUUAGGAGAAGCAAUCUCUAAGCAUUGCAGAAAUCUUGUAUCCCUUAUAAAGUAUUUUAGCAAUCCUUAUCGUUACCUUCUAAUUUAAUCGACGAUGACUUGUUAAGACUCUUGAUGACGGGAAUCAAUCUUGAUAUCUCCAUUAUAGAGUUGAAUUUAUCUCAUAAUAAGAUUGGAGAUCAAGGGUAAAUUAAUCCUCUAAUCUUUAAGAGUCAUACGUAUUGCAAAGUAUUUGAUGAGAUCAGAAAUAUUGCUCAAAUUGGAUUUGUCUAAUAAUGCAAUUGGAUUGGUUGGAUCUAAAAAUUUGGCAUAUGCUCUGUUGUUCAACAAAUCUCUUGAGCAUUUGAAUUUGUCAUUGAAUUCAUUCAAUGAUAUCGCUGGUGCCAACUUCUUUAGCAAACUUAGUUAAAACAAAAGUAUCCAACAUUUGAAUUUGUCUGCUAAUUAAUUGGGGAGCCUAACUGCUGAAAUGCUCGAAGUAUAUUUAUCAGAUUCUUCAUGCACCUUACAAUCCUUAAAUAUUAGCAAUAAUAAUUUUAGUGAAAAUAAUGACAACAAAGACAAAAAUAUCUAUGAAAAACUCAAGACUGGUUUAACUAAGAAUACAAGUUUGAUCCACUUUGAUAUUUCUCAUUCUAAAUUUAAAAGAAGUAAAUGACUUUAUGUAAUUAAGUUAAUGCUGAGAAGGAAUUGCAAGAUAUUAUUGUUCAAAGUAGAUUAAAAUAGAGAAAAAUUCCAUUUGUUUCUAAGGAGGAAUUCGAACAGUAAUAGGCUCAGAAUAAAUUAAGUAGUUAAAUGUUAUAUCUUAGAAAGGGAAAAGCUAGAAAAAACAAAAACAAAGUAAGUAGAAGAAGUAAUCUCACCAUAAUGAAAUAAAUGCAUAAAUAUACA